UGAUCAGACGACACGAAAAUGACUCCGGUUGUUCGAUGUUUCGUUUAGCUAGUAUGAUGCUGUUAAAGCUGUAUGCCACAUUGGCAGUCACUGUGGUGAUAUUUUCCACCAAUCACACCACUGCUAAUAAAGAUGUCAAAUUAGCACUGUCAGGUUCAGCACCAUAUGGAUCACUGAGUCAAUGUUUUGUCUUCACUUGUACUGUGUCAGGUGCAACUGCUGUCGACAAUUAUUCCGUAUAUUUGCGCAAUUCUGUAUUCUCAAAAUAUAAAUAUCAUCGUAUAUGGCAGAUUGGUGAUAACUGCAGUCAAAGUCCAACUCCUAUGCCAAAUUGGAUACGUAAAGGGUACUAUAGUGUUUGUGGAUUUGGCACAAAGGAACUUAAGUCGGAUGUGAGGGAAUAUAAGUUCAUUAUAAAAGAUGUAUCUUCCACAGACAGAACAGAUUGGUGGUGUCAGCUGCAUUGGGAUGAAAGGUACAGCAACAAAAUCAAUCUGAUAGUAAACUCUCUCGAGAUGUCCUUACGAAUGAAGAUGUUCUCAGCACCUGUGCUGGAUAAACCGCUGACUCUGAUCUGUGAAAUGAGAAAUGCUGCCGGUCUUAAUGCAACAGUCCAAUUCAUUAAGGGGACUGUUAACAAGUCGUUGAGUGUUGUCGGCACACUGCGUCAGGAAUACUCGAACUGUUCACAAAUCGGUGACACAACCAGAGGUUAUAACCCUAAGUGUGGGAUAGCAACAGACCAAGCCAAUUCUAACAUUAAAUUGUACACUAUGGAGAUCGCCCUAGUAUCAUCUCAUGAUAACACAAUGUGGAUUUGUCUCAUAAGAAACCCAUGCACUGGCAAGAAGAGAAGUGCGCUUCGUUUUCAUCUCACAUUAUGGCACGAUCUCACUGCGUCCCUUUCCAUGAGACCCCAUCAACCUGUGUAUAAGAAAAUGUUUAUUCUGACCUGUAAACUGACAAAUGCUGCUGUUAUUAAAGCUACAAUCCAGUUCAGGAAAAAGACCAGUGCAGCUCUUAAUCUUAUAGGAACGCUGUACCAGAAUUACGACAAAUGUAAGAUAUCCAAGGACACAUUCAGAGGUUAUACGGCCAAGUGUGGAAAAGGAACAGACUCCGGCCCCUCGGACACUAAGGUGUAUGUUAUAGAGAUCGCCAAAUUAUCACUCCGUGAUAACGGAGUUUGGUCUUGUUACGUACAAGAUGAAGAGAGUAGCAAGUCCGUUACAAGCAGAAGUUUUAAAAUAUGCAGCUCACACUGUGAUCAUGGCAUUCUUCUACAAGAUUCUUGCACAUGUGAUUGUGACAAACACUGGAUUGGAGAGGAAUGUGAAAUAUGUCGCUUACAUUGUGAUAAUGAUGCCAGUAUUCAAUAUGACACAUGCACAUGUAAUUGUGGUAAAAACUGGUCUGGAGACAAGUGCGAAAUAUGCAACAUACAAUGUACACAUGGCAGAGUUCAAAAUGAUACCUGCACAUGUGAUUGUGGGGAAAACCGGACUGGAGAAAACUGUAGUACAGAAUUGUCCCCAGAAAUUAAGAAAAGUGAUCGUAGUGGACGUGCUUCAGUUAAGGUUCCGGAUUCAAAGGGUGUUAAUGGUAAUCUACUUGGAGGUAUUAUAGCAGCCGUUGCGAUGACUGUGCUGUUGGUUGCUGUUGCAUCUGCGUGGAUUUAUCACAAGAAGAGAUCUCAAAAUCAGGAAAAUCUAGAUCAAGAUCACCAGAAAUCAAUAUUUGAUGGAUCUUUUCAAAGUGGAAUUCACAACCCUGCCUUCUCAAGUGAAGUAAAAUAGUACCCCAGUACGAGAGACAAAAGAACAAGCCACCAACAAUUUAACAGUGUCUGACUUUUCAUAUGGAAACAAGCUUAGAUUAGAUUAAGAUAUUUAACAAUUUCUCCUUUUUUUCUGUAUCGUAUUCAGUGCUUAAUGCUAUAUAGUGAAAAGAAUGACAAUUUCCAUCUGGCUGUUUGGCCAUCAGAUUGAAGUCAUGCAUCACAACAGUUUCACGUGUACUUAAUUUGACUGUGUUUACAAACAUCAUUCUAGUAUAUCUUAGGAAUAUUCUAUGAUUCAUAAAUUUGCAGCAUUUUAUUUUGUUUAUAAUUAAGGAUGGUUAAGCUGGGAUAAUAUAUUCCGUUAAAAGUUUUCUAAUUGUCUUUUAUUUUUGAAGUACUUAAUGGAUAAUUUUCAUAUUUAUGACAGUGUUCAACUGAAAACACCCAGUGUCAUGAGUGUGACCGUAGGCCAUGGUCAAGGUCAUUUAGAAUUUAGUUUUUAAAAAUUCUGAUUUCACGUAACUCUGAAUUAUAUACUGAACAGCACUGAAAACGCACAACCAGUUGAUGAUAACAAAUGUGAAUGGGGCGUAUAUUAGCAUUUAAAAAUAUUAAUGAAUAAGUACCGUACUACGUACCUUAUAGACCAUGGAUGACGACGAAUAACUUACAAAAACGAUAGCCUAAACACUCCAUGAAACACAACACCAAAACACAAUAUAUUGCAUGCAUAGCAUGAAAAACGUAAAUUGAAUGUGCAAAUCAUAUUGAUUGGGGCUAUAAAAGAUGGUAUAUGAAAAGCCACUUUCAUUUAUGAAGUAGUCUUUGAGGGAAUGUUAAACAAGUGAUGGCAAGGUUGACAGCUGAGGAACGUGAACGUGCCUUAGGCAUGCUUCAAGUCAGCAUUUUGAGUAGAUUCAUCACACAGCAGUUUGGAUGCCACCAUUCAACAAUCACUAGACUCCACAGGAGAUGCCAGCAGACAGGAACCACCAGGGACUGUCCACGUCCAGGCCAACGGCAUGUUACGAUACCAUGACAAGAUCGCCAUAUUGUUAGCCUCCAUAAUCGUGAUUGAACGCUGCCAGCUGCCAGGACUGCACCAACUGCUCACGGUCAACGAAGGGUUAUGAGCGCAGGCACUGCAUUGCCGUCUUCGCUCUGCUGGGCUGCGUGCUCAUUGACCAUAUGUCAGACUUAUCCUGACUGAUCGACAUCGAAAUGAGCGCUGACGUUUGGCAGGAAGGUGUCGUUAUUGGAGAUUACAACAUUGGCAUGGUGUGCUAUUCUCUGACGAAUCCUGUUUCCAUUUAAGGAAUGCUGAUGGUCGGUUGUGGGUGUGGCAUAGGCAUGGAGAACAUACGUUGCCACAAUGACUGCCAUGUCCAGACGGAUCAAUGGGGUGGAGGGAGUGUCAUGGUGUGGGGCGGGAUCAGUUAUCAUCACUGAAUAGUACUCCAUGUUUGCCAUGGCAGAAUUAAUGCCAUUUACUACCGGGAUAACGUUUUGCAAAAUCACGUCAUUCCCUUCUUUCAUCAGCAUUUCAGCAAGACAAUGCCCGAGCGCACACAGCAUGUGUUACAACACAGUAUCUAGCAAACAAUAAUGUCCCUUUGCUUGAAUAGCCAGCACUGUCCCCUGAUUUAUCACCAAUAGAGAAUCUUUGGGAUUACCUUGGUCAACGCAUCUCACGUCGUCCACAAAUGAAUAACCUUAGAGAACUGGAAAACGCACUACAGCAGGAGUGGAAUGCUAUCCCCCAGAACACUAUUCGCAGACUUACCGGGUCGAUGAGAAGACGUUGCAUGGCUUGUGUUGCUGCAGAUGGUGGUCAUACACCCUAUUGACUUUUCAUUGUGACACCACGUGUCUUUCAUACGUAGAUAAAUUAAAACUAAUCAAUGAUUGUGCAUCCUUUUUUGUUUGUUGUCAUUAUCAAUCAUCCAUCUAUUGCUGUUCACAACAAAAACAUUUAUUGCUCAGGUAUUCUUUUCGAAAUCCAAACAUUUCUUGAUGGUGCGUUUUCAAUGCUGUUAGUAUAUAAUGGAUGGCUUUCAUAUUAAGUAUGGAUGUCCACCAAGUCAUAAUGCACACCCAAAAUCCAUGAGUUUGACACAUUGAGCAGGUCAUGGUAUUUUAAAAGUUAAUGUUCAGUUUGGUUAAAAUUUCUCAAAUUGUCUUUAGCACUUAAAUCCUUUAAUGGAUGGCUUUAAUAUUUGCUAUUUGUGCUUACCACAGAGCUCAAAUUUAAGAAUUUGGCACAAUGCAUGCAAUGUCAAUUUUGUUUUUAAUUCAUCACACCGACAGCAGUUUUGAGCAUUCCUACAGCAAUUUUCUUUUUAAAAGUCACCUUUGCAGCAAAUAAACAGCGCUCUACAUUGCGACCAAUUUGGUAGCAUAUAUGCAACCAUUUUUAUCAUUUGGCAACUAAAAUAUUUCAUACUAUCUAUAUAAAAAUAUAAGUGCAUAGGCACCAUCUGGCUCCUAGAUGGAAAAGUUAACAUAGAGGGCUGAUUAACAUGACUGAAAAGUUAUUUUGCUGCAUGAAAUCUAUUUUAAAUAUACAAACUUGUGUAUACCAGGGCCUGUGGGAAACAUUCUCAAGUUUAAUUUUUUUUAUUUUAUGUGAAACGGCCCACUGACAGCAAUUUUGAGCCUGCCUACAGCAGUUUUUAAAAACUUUCGUUUUGCAGCAAAUAAAUACGACUGAAAGGUUA